AUGUACAGCGUAUUUUGUAUUAUUUUCUUCGUGCUGUUCCUCUGCCUAUUUGCUGGAAAGCAGAAGGCUCAGUUGGCGAUGGCUCAAAAAUUAAGUGUGGAAAUAAUUUCCCCGGGAAUGAUCAAUAUGGCGAGUUUGACGAGUAUGCCGCUAACUGCUCCAGCCAUCGAUAUCGGGUUGGAAGAGAUACAAAGAAAUUAUUCGAAAAUACUGGACAUUGGCUUAGUGUAUCUGUACAACCGCUCAUUCAGCACCUGUGACGAAGCGGUUACUGGCAUCGAUUUCCUGGUGUCGGAGUACUAUUAUUCCCGUAACCGUAAUGCCAAUGUGACCGUCUUCUUUUUUCCUGGUUGGAAUCAGCUGGCCGUAAUAGGAGCAUUUAACGAUAUUGCACUGCGUGAUAAGACCGCAUACCCCAAUGUCAUUCAGGCCGGCCCCGUCAUGAUGCGGCAGAUUAUUGCCGCUUUUGUGACCUUUCUGGCUAAAUACGACUGGAAAACCGUGUAUAUCGUGUACGACAAAGUAGGGAAAAGUGCGGCCAUUGCAGCGGCUGGCAGUUUUCUGCUAGCUAAGACAUUGAAAGAGACCAAUGGCUUUACAGUGUACACGAAAACUGUGGACAGCGCUAAGGAUGACACUUUCUCAGCAGUGCUAUCCGAAAUCCAGCAAGUAGCUCGGAUUGUUACAUUUUGGGGCCAUGCCGACAAUCUUCGAAAAUUUAUGAUUGCGGCACAUUUUCGCAACAUGACAACAGGUGAUUAUGCCUAUAUGUCGCUAUCACCUUUUGAAUAUGCAACGCCUUUGUUUGGAGAUACUACAUGGAAACACAACGACACGUUUGAUGCGAUUAGCUUCCAAUCUUACCGGUCUUUAUUCGUUAUUACGGCGACUUCAUCCGGGCCUGACGCCGAAUACACGCGAAUGCUGAUGCGAACGGAGUUGUCACGACGGUCAGCAGAAUAUUACAACUACACGUACCAAGCGAACGAACUGCCGACUCCACACAUUUACACCCAGUAUGCCUGUAUGUACCUGUUAGGACAGCUUGUAGAACAACUGGCUCUGGAAAAAUAUUCACUGGCUGACAAAGCGCAGACGGGAGACCUUGCCAAAUGGUUCUGGGGCAAGACGCUUAGCACGCCAGUUGGAUCCAUAACCUUCGAUCUUACUGGAGAACGGCAAAUCCAAUUGGAAAUUCGACAGAUGAACCUUACAUCUGGACUGUUUACGGCUUUUCUUCAACAAAACCUCAGUGCGCCGGGACAGAUGUCAGAGCUGGGUCCUAUUACUUGGUUCGGGAAAACGCUGCCACUGGAUGUACCCUUGUGUGGAUUCAACGGGUUAACCGGCAUAUGCGCCAUUAAUUUAGGGAACCAAACCAGAUUGAUUGUACAAUCAAGUACAAUCGCAUUAGCGGUGAUUAUUGUUCUCCUUGUUGCUGUUUUUAUGAUUGCAAGGAAAAUUUACUCUGAACUGCAUCUGCGAAGUAUAUCAUGGGAAUUUUCGCCCGGAACGCAGGUCCAAAUCAAUAACAAAUCAUUAUCGGUAAUCAUUAUUUUGCGUUGUUUAUCGGUCAUGGCUAUCGAUGAUGAUCAAACGGCUGCGUCAUUUUAUCCUUCCAGUUUAAAACUGGAGUAG